AUACACAAAAAAUCACGAAAGUAAUCACAGUUGCGGACCACUUACAGCGGACAUGUUUCUUUCGAGAAACGAGAGUAACCCUGUUAUAAGAAGACAAAUUGGCGAGCGUGAGCUAUAGUGUCUAUCAAGGAUGAAGAAGAAAAUUUCAACAGAAACAGAAACACCAAGAAAAGUUAAUCAUUUAAAAGUGAAAUAUGGAAAUGUGCCAUGGAACAAAAGAUCAAUCAUAAAAACAUACUCAAGAAGCCGUCCUUGUCUGUUAAAAAGAAAUGUUAAUGUGCAUGAUGACAUUUUCAGGGAUCUUUCAAAUAAAGAUUCCUCUGCUCAAACUUCAACAGCGCCUAAGCUCAAGAAUGGAAAUCUACACAAUUUAGAAUCAACAUGGAGAUGCAACAGCAGUAUUGAUUCCAGAGUAAAUGAUACAAGUGGGCAUUGCCAGCAAAGAGACAGCCAACCUAUGGAGCAAUUCACAUGCAAGGGCCAAGAGAACUCUACUGGGUCUAUUGAAAAGUCUUUGAUAAUUGAUACAAUCAAAGACCAAGAAAAAGAGGUAUCCCCAAAGAAUUCUACCUGUCUUGAAGGAGGAGAUAAGAUGAGCAAUGCUUUAACCAAUGGCCCAAUGCUUUCUCCAAUAAAAGCUGUAAAUAGAACAAACUAUGAAGCUGUGUCAAUGGAUUUCACAAAGCCAUGUGAAGCAGAAGGAAGAAAGCUUGAAACAAAUAAUUGUCUUUCAACAAUUGGCAAAUCAUCCCCAUUUAUUUUAGCUGCACUAAUGAAGCAAAAGAAAAGGAAGGCAAGGAAAUAUAGUCCAAUGUCAUUCAUUAGAGAGAAUGUUAGAGAGAAGAGAUUAACAUUGCCAAAAGAAUACAUGCUGGCUCGUACAUACGUCUUCAAGACACCAAGUUACCUUAGCAAAUUUAAAGAUUCCAAAGUAUCUUGCUCUAGUUUCUCGAAAUCUCCGAAAACGAUAGAGAUUGUGAACAGUCAAAAUUUGGAAAGAACAAUUAUGGAACAAUGUGAACCACUGCCGAGCAAUUCGAUCAACGAUGUAAACGAAGAAUAUUUUAAGGAAGGCAAGUCGAAAUACCCUGAAGCUGCUCUCAAAAGGCCACUCCUUUCAGAUCCGAAUACAAAUGUUCAGAACACGAAUCAAAAUAUAUCAUGUAAGGAGGCCACGCUGGUAAAGUCCAUAUUGCCAGUUUCUGAGCAUUCACUACUGGAAAGCCUAGAGUUGACCAACAAUGGUGUGAAAAAUAAUGAUACUAAGUCGAACAUGACAAAGACGAAUGACUCUUCACAUUCUAGUCUGGGUAUCGAGUUAAAGCCACUUAAAGUUGUUUUGGAAAAAACAUUACUGGAAAAUUCUACAUCUGCCGAGGAAGCGAAGAAAACAGCUAAAAUCAGCUCUAGCAAGGUACAUUCAGUGGUGAAAUCGCAAUCACAAUUUGAGCAAACUCUUCUUGAAGACCUAGAGCUUCCACCCAUUAAUAAUGAAGGUAUAGAAGCAACAUCAGACGUGACAAGAAAGCAAGAUGCUACAAAUUCGAACUUGGAAGUAAGUCACACCGAUGCCGAUAAAAAUGAAAAUCAAAGCUCAUCGGAGUCAUCGGAAGUUUUAAAAGAAAAAGCACUAGAAGAAAACGACAAUCAAUUUGUAGGGAAAAAGACACCCGAGAGUUCCAAGUCCGCUACAAAGGCAACUACAUCGAGCACAAGACCUACUAGAAAAGGCACUCUCAGAGCUGCUCAAGAAAUCACACCAGAAGAUAAGAAUGCUUCGUUUCAUCUUAAAGAAAGAUGCAGUGCCACAAUCCGUCGCAGUCUUCGUUUUCAAAAAUCCCGCGUGCCAUUAGACAUUCUAAUUACAAUGCCAGCAGAUGAAGUGGAAUUUGAUCGUAGAAGCAAACGUAUAGUAAAGACGACAAAAGACAACUUCAUUUUCGACAUGAACAGGUAUUCUAAAGAUACUUUAUUUUCAUAAAAAUUUCCACUUAAAAAUUGCUUCAAUUUGUUAUUAUGUGUUUUUGUUACUUACUAUUAUGCUAAUCGUUUCCACCAGUUGGUUGUUAUGAAACCUAUUUUUUUUAUUUAUUUGAUUAGAAAUCCGAGCUAAGGUUGGUCAGAACAGCUAUCAAAGAUGGCUGAGUGUUUCUGUUAGAUUCAAGUAGUUUCCAGCGUUUUAUGUUUGCCUAGUACUGUAAUGCAGGCUUAUGUUGGCUUGUUUUGUCCCCAGGCCGCUCUUGCAGAUUAAAGUAGAAUCAGUCGUGGUUAGUAUCAGUGAUGGUCAUUAUGGGGGCAUUGGGGCAGGGGCCCUCAAAUCGCGUUCAUGUCGGCAAAUUUGGGCUUUUUUCGGAUAUUUGACAAACGUUUAACGUGCCGAAGGCCAUCCAAAAAGUUGUUUUGUCGAAAAAGCGUAGGCUUUAGCCCCCUCCCCCAUCCCACUUUUUCCCAUCCCACUUCCCCCCAUCCCCAACGAUCUUAUGACUCCAUUCAGAGAAAUCACAAUCUGUUUGAACUAAAAUUAGUUGAAUAUCAUUUUCUAACCUAUUGAGAAUUUUAGUGCAGUUCAUAGUUACUAACAUUUGCUUUGUUUAUUUUGUAUUUUUUCAAGCAAUGUUAUUCUAACAAAGUAACCUUUGUAAUUUAUGUAAAAAUGUUGAGUUGUGUAUUUGAAAAGAAAUUAAUGAAAAAGUUGUAAAAUUUAGAGCAGAUUAAGUACAAUAACGCAAACCAGAUUAUAUACAAUCGUUUUCGAAAUAUUAAAUUUUCCAGAUUACGUCAUACAUAAUAUUCAAAUUUGAGAUCUCAUCAUCUUGUUUUCGAACGGUUAUUCAUGAUGUUAGUUGCUAAUUGAUGUGCGAAAAUUUGUGUUUUUGGAAUUUAAUGCACAGUCGAUAUAAACAAAGAUUGUAAUGUGUAAUGACAAUGAUUGAGAUGAAAAAAAUAGAUUUUUAUUUGAAAGAGGAACAUGACUAAAUGCUUUUGAAAGUUUCCCUUUUGAUGCUAGUGAAACGCUUGGCAACACUCGGCAAAAUAUAAUCAUUAUAUAUUGCAAGGUUUUGUUUCCAAGUCCAUUUAAUUUCUGUAAUUGUUGUUUAAAAAACAAGGAAGAUGAAAAGUGCAUUGCUUCUUGAUUAGGGGAGCGCCCACGGCUACUCACUACUGUUUUCGAACAAAUUUUUCCUCUAGAAUUUUCUAUAAAGAGGCUUGAAUAGAGUUCUGGAUAGUUUAUUUUACACUUUCUCUAGAGUUUCGAUUAUAACAACGUACAUUUGUUUGCCCGACUACUUCUACUUCCACCCUCUUUCUCCCCAAAACAAUGUUGAUAGUUGUCAUGUCAUACAGGCCACAAGAAAAAGCGUACUCAAUAACCUCUCUCUUUUUUCUAUUGUAAAUCAACAUUGUUCUUAUGGGGGAGAGGGGGGAUGGCUAAAUUUGCCUUUAGUGUUCCAAGGCUUUUGGCAGGGAUUGCAGCUUUUCUCUUGCAACCUACCAAUCAUCUAUUUUGGGAGGACAGAGAUCUGAGUGGUGAUGUUACUCCCGCUUACUUUUGUCUUAAUCUCAUAACGGACUAACAUAAAAAAUAGCCAAACUUAAGAAAUUCAUUUGCUUGUAUGCAAUAGGGGAAAUCCUUUUUUGAAGACAAUAGAAAUUAAGGAUAUUACAUUGCAAAAUUCGUCAAAUGGGGUUGAUCAUUUUAACUGCAUCUUGCACUAGUUGCAUCCAUCUGCAAUCACAAAUAAGCAAAGUUUCUUCGAUAGUUUAUUUAAUACAUCGACAUACGUGGCAUUAUCAGUCUUUUCAGACAUCUGAUUCUUGCUUUUUUUCCUCUCUCUUGAGCCUCAAAAUCUUCAUAUUUCUGUUUCUUAUGCUGAAAUAAUGCAUUUUGGGACAAAGUUGGCAGUUUUAAAUUUUCUUUCUGGGGCAAUUCCAUGCCUUUUCUUUUCCAAUACCGCUCUCUUUCAUUUUGCUUUUCAAGUGUUUUUUUCAAGCUUAUGACAAUGGGGCAUUUCGUAUUGAUAGAAGCUUCCUUUCUUGGCUUGAGGGCCUCAGUGCUAGGACCAUUAUUAGAGAUUGCUGGCAAGGUUCUCUCUUUACCUGAUUCGGAAUUUUGUGUUGCUAGUGCAAGCGCCGAUCCAACCAUAUUUCCAGUUAUGUGAUUUUGGUGUAGAAUGUUUCGGGUAGCGUUCGAGUUUUUGAUACAAUUCAUCGCUGCAGCCCUAAGGUCCUGCAUUGUUACUCCACAACUGUGUUCAUUCGAAACUGUUGUUGUACUGCUCGACGCCCUUGAAUUGAAGGGUGAGACUGGGUUACGUUUAGCAUGUUUCGUCCUGUUUUGCUCCUUUCUUCUGUGCACUGAGAGUUUUUUGCCGUGGACUAAUACUGACAUGGACAGACUAGAAUCUUUCAUUUCGAAACUUGAACUCAAGAGUAAUUGAGCAUGAUUCCACACACGAACAAUUUUGUAACUUUCAUUGAUGAAGAGUCUAUCUGGUAUUUUUCACAUUUGGUUAAAACGUUCUGAAAAAUGUUUACGUGCUUUCGCAGUCGUUUACAGUCCCUUCGCCUCUAUAUCCUUGGCGGUAACAAACAUAGAUUAUAAAGUCAAGCACAUUAUUUUAUAUUGACGAUUUCCAUUCGACGAUCUAGAAUUCCACUUCUUCGUGUAUGUUUGUUUUGUGUUCCAUAUGAUCACCUUGUUGUAUCUGAAUCCUGCAGUUACGCUUUUGGCACUUUCCAGGUGAUCAUACAGAAAGCUGCCGCCCGACCGGCGUUUUUCGUCACCCCUUGAGAAUAUAGCAGUGAAUGCUUCGUUUAUGGCGCUUUUAUAAAUGGUGCCACCUCUAAUGUUUUUGUAUUGAGGCGGGGACUUUAGAAUCGUCUAUUAAUUGAAUAAUUGUUUUACCAAUAGCUCUUUUUU